AUGUCGCUUUGCCUAAAUCGUCUCCAAGAAGAGCGGAAACAAUGGCGUCGUGACCACCCCUUUGGCUUCGUCGCAAAGCCUUACAAGACGCCACAAGGAACCUUGGACCUGAAGCGCUGGGAAUGCGCCGUGCCCGGCAAAAAAGAUACCCUCUGGGAAGGUGGAGUAUACAAGCUGGACGUGCUCUUUCCAGAUGGUGAGUCAUAUUGCGCAUUUCAUGUUGACUCGUACGCUGAUCCUGACCUUCUUUCGUCGCGCCAGAAUACCCUACCAAGCCUCCCAAGUAACUCGACUAAUCAAGCUCAUAAAUCAGGCAAAUUUACUCCCCCGCUUUUUCACCCGAACGUCUACCCCUCCGGCACAGUCUGCCUGUCCAUCCUAAACGAGGAAGAAGCCUGGCGGCCAGCUAUUACAAUUCGCCAGAUCCUGAUCGGAAUUCAGGAUCUACUUAAUGAUCCCAACCCAGAGUCACCGGCUCAGGCUGAUGCCUAUAAUUUGUUUAAGAAGGAUCGCCCUGCAUAUGAGCGACGAGUCCGCCAGGUGGUGAAGGAGAACCCGCCCAUGUAG